AUGUCUUCACCUUUACCAGUGAACGCAAAGCAAGGCUAUAGAGAAGGAGGCUCCUAUGUGCCUGAUUCAUCCGUCCUAUCAAGCUCCAUUGACAGAGUCAACUCGACUGCUCGUUUAGGCUCAUCUCCCAUUCCGUCUAAUGUUUACGGCUCUUCCCCAAAAAGUUUUCGCUCACACCAAACAUACGGCUCUACUGAUCUAGACAACGUACUGACCAACAACAGCGGUAGCCUAUUCAGACCCCUUUCUACAGCUACAUUUAACCCUGAAGACGGCACCGUCAGUGUGGAUCUCCCCGAAGACCAAGUAGCCAAAGUCGUCAAGAGACAUUUGGUUGAUACCUCUCCAUCUCCUUCUUUACGGAGCGGCUCCAUUCAUCGGAGUAUCACUAAUGAAGAUGAUCAAGCCAGCAGCUCCAAUGUGCGCAGUGUGCAUCAACUUCCAGGCGGUGCCAUUACGCAUGAUAUCUACAAAUGGACAGAGGAUGUUGAGAAUGAACAAAUCGCUCGUCGUCAACGCUCUCAGUCCUUUUAUGUGCCUCGCAGCGAACCUGUGGACCCAACUUUGGCUAGAUUAAAGGAUCCGGGAGGAUUUAGACGCCAUUUCGUAGUCAAGAACGCAGCUCGUCAAGGUCGAGACCCCCCUCACUGGAUGACUCGUACAUUUGUCGACUUUUUGGCUCUGUAUGGCCAUUUUGGUGGCGAGGAUUUAAGCGAUGAUGAAGGCGAAGAAGGAGACGAUGAUUUGGUAGAGGAUGACUACUUGGAGUCAGGCUUGAGACGACGCAGAAGAAGAAGAUCCGAUGACGAGGAAGAGGAUAACGAGGAGUCAUCCCUGAUCCGUAGGGCUCAAGCAAAUGCUGUACAAGGCACUGCUACACCUGCUAAGGCUGUGUUUUUGCUGUUGAAAUCAUUUGUUGGUACAGGCGUCAUGUUCUUGCCAAAAGCUUUUUACAAUGGUGGACUCUUGUUUUCAACUGGGUUACUGACUGCCAUUGCCAUGAUUUCCUUGUAUACAUUCUUGCUGUUGGUCGAGACUCGCAACAAGGUGCCUGUUUCAUUUGGUGAUAUCGGUGGCGUCUUGUUUGGCAAAAGCAUGCGACUUGCUGUAUUGACAGCCAUUACAUUCUCGCAGAUGGGAUUUGUUUGCGCUUAUAUGGUAUUUGUAGCUCAGAACGUGCAAGCCUUGAUAGAGUCAGUAUCGCAAUGCGACCUGAGAGUGCCAUUAUCGUACCUUAUUCUCGGCCAAAUUGCCAUCUUUGUGCCACUCGCUAUGAUUCGCAAAAUUCAAAAACUGUCAGCCUUUGCUCUCAUUGCUGAUCUAUUUAUUCUCAUCGGAUUGGUGUAUCUCUACUAUUACGAUUUCCUUACACUGGCAAGUCAAGGCAUUGCUGAUGUGGAAUGGGUCCUCAACUCUAAGUCAUUCCCAAUGUUUAUUGGAACAGCCGUGUUCACAUACGAAGGAGUGGGCCUAGUCAUUCCUAUUACUGAGUCCAUGGCAGAACCAGAAAAGUUCCCCAAAGUGUUAUCAGGUACCAUGUUGUUUAUCACUGGCAUCUUCUUAUCGGUCGGUUUCGUUUCGUAUUUAGCCUUUGGUAGCGAGGUUCAAACCGUCAUCUUGCUGAAUAUGCCCGGUACCGCUGUGGUCAAUACAGUGCAGGGAUUGUAUGCAUUAGCCAUUUGUUUGUCCAUCCCCCUUCAGCUGUUCCCUGCCAUCCGUAUUGUGGAAAAUGGAUUAUUCACUAGAUCUGGAAAGUACAACAACACUGUCAAGUGGCAAAAGAACGUGUUUCGAUUUGUCUCUGUCUUGAUUUGUGCCUGUAUUGCUAUUGGUGGCUCUGGUGAUUUGGACAAGUUUGUGUCUCUCGUCGGCUCCUUGUGCUGUGUGCCUCUCUGCUUCAUCUUUCCUCCACUGUUCCAUCUAAAGGCCAUUGCUAAAUCCUGGCGUCAAAAAACCAUUGAUAUUACCAUUCUCAUCUUUGGUAUUGUAUCAAUGACAUAUACCACAGGCAUUACAAUUGCUCUAUGGUCUCAAGGCGGUGAAGCAGCGCCCAUCUCAAGAUGUCCUGCCUAA